CAAUCUGGUAAGUCUGGUCAGCUGUUUCUUUCUGCUUCCCGCGUAAAUUGUGGCGGCGGGAGACAGAGUGAGCGGCCGGGCGAAGAAAGUCCACAUUAUCCCUUAUUUAUCCCCCCACACAGCACAACACAGCAUCCAGCGUGUGUCGCGAGCUUGCCGCCACUCAGCACCAGCAGCAGGAUGGCGGCGGCAGUGGGGACGGACAGCCUGGUGCACGCUGAGCUGCUGGCGGCGUGCUCGUCGUUGGGCUACAGCGAUGGCGUGCACUACCACCGCGAGGCAGACUGCCUGGAGACCACCAAGGACCUGCUGCGCUACCUGCGGCGCGACGACGACAGCCACGAGGUGCGGCUCGCCCUGGGGGACACCCGCGUGCUGCAGACGGACCUGCUGCCGCUGCUGCAGGAGCACGGCAAUGAUGACGAACUGCUGCAGCUGUUGGUGCGGCUGCUGGUAGACCUGACAAACCCUGCCCUGCUGCUGUUCAGGGAGGAGCUGCCGGAGGAGAAGGUGACGCGCAGGAAGUUCCUGCAGCUGGUGACGCAGCAGCAGGAGUUCAAGGAGGCCUUCACCAAGCAGCGGGCGUGGGAGGCGCUGGCCAGCCGUGUGGGGCAGCUGCUGGAGGUGCCACCCGAGGACCGUGAUGAGGACCAGCGGCUGCUGCUGGAGCGGAUCCUGGUGCUGGUGCGCAACGUGCUCUCCGCACCAGCCAGCGCUGAUGAGGGCCGCACCGACGAUGAUGCCUCCACCCACGACCAGGUGCUGUGGGCCAUGCACAUGGGCGGCCUGGCCGACCUGCUGCUGUACCUGGCCACCACGCCAGCCGAGCACCGCCUGGCCCUCCAUGUGCUGGAGGUGGUGUCCCUCAUGCUGCGGGAACAGGACGCUGCCCAGCUGGCCACUGCUGGCCUGGGCAGCUCUGAAAAAGAGCGGCAGGCAGAGAGCCGGCAGCUGGAGGAACUGCGGCGGCGCGAGGCCCUGCAGCAGGAGUCCCGGCGCCGUGCCGCGCCCUCCAGGCACUCGCGUUUUGGCGGCACGUACGUGGUGCGCAACGUGAAGGGCGUGGGUGACAACGACCUCAUCCUGCACCAGCCCUGUGCCGACGGCAGCCAGCGCUCCUUCGACCGCCACAAGCGGCCCAAGAAGUACAACAAGAACCGUGUACCCCUGAAGCAAACUGACACCACGCGGCGCUCCACGCUGGCUGUCCGCCUCUUCCUGCAGGAAUUUUGCGUGGAGUUCCUUGCCGGCGCCUACAACGGCAUCAUGGCAGCCGUCAAGGACGCGCUGGACCGCGCCCGUGCCCAGGACCAUGACGAGACAUACUACCUCUGGGCCAUGCGCUUCUUCAUGGAGUUCAACCGCCACCACAACUUCCGCGUGGAGUACGUGACGGAGACACUCUCCAUCCACACAUUUCACUUCAUCCAGACACACAUCGAGAACUUCUUCGAGAUGAUGGCAGCAGAGAAAAAGAAGGUGGCGCUGUGGUCACGGCGCAUGCACCGUGCACUGCGGGCCUACCAGGAGCUGCUGGCCACGCUGGCCCACAUGGACCGCUCCCCCAGCCAUGAGGUGCGUGAGUCCUCCCGGGUGCUCAAGAGCCGCGUCUUCUAUGUGGUGGAGUAUCGCGAGAUGAUGCUGCUGCUGCUGCAGAAUUAUGACCCCGUCAAGAUGAGCCUCAGCUACCUGCGCGAUGCCGUGGAGGCCACGCACAUCUUCCUCAAGUUGCUGGAGGGCUUCUGCGGCCGCGGCAGACACGUCAUCGUACAGGGCAAGGCCCGACGGGCAGCCCAGAGGAAAGCCAAGGCUGCCAAGGCUGCCACAGCCACGGCCGAACUCACACCGCAGCAGCUGCAGGAGCAGUGGGAGGUAGCGUCACUGGAGGUGUCGGCGGCAGUGCAGGGUGAGGCGGGGGAGCUGCCCCUCAUGGUGCCCUUUGACCCCCUGUCAGAGGAGCCAGAGGACACGCAGAAGGAAAUGGCCAUGCGCAGGAUCAGCAGGCACUUGCAGGACAAGGAGUAUCCCCAGGCCGUGGCCCUCCUGCGGGCGGCCCGGGAUGUGUGGCCCGAAGGGGAUGUGUUUGGCCCCCAGGCCGCGGACCACACCCAGGACUUUCUCACACUGCAGGAGGUGUUCAUGGCCAACCUCACGCCUCCCCAGGGUGCCCCAGCCCCAGAGGAGGUGAAUGAGGAGGAGCUGGAGGAGGAAGAGGAGGAGGAGGAGGAGAGGAUGGCGGUGAUGACGGAGCAGGAGUUUGACUUGGAUGCAUUCAUCCGUCGCUUCGCCAACACCAAGGUGAUCCGCGCAUACAGCCGGCUGCUGGACCACUACCCCACCAACACCACGCACACCAACCACUGCAUCCUCAAGCUUUUCCAUCGCCUGGCCUGGGACGUCAAGCUGCCCGCCAUCUUCUUCCAGGCCUCGCUCUUCAUUGUGUUCCUGCGUGCCAUGGAGGACCCGCUGCGCAACACACUCGAGUCCCCGCGCGAGAUUGCCAAGUUCGCCAAGUACAUAAUGCGGCAGCUCUACAAAGUGGCCGAGACAAACCCCAAGGUGUACGUCGAGAUGCUGUUCUGGAAGACAAACAAAGACGCGCUGGAGAUUGAAUGCGGGUACGGUGAACAGGAGAGCGGAAAGCAGGCGGCGAAGCAGGCAUGGCGGGAGGAGGAGGAGGAGGAGCUGAGGCACCUGCACGAGGAGGUCACGGACAUCCCCGAGGACGAGCGUGACGGGAAGGACACGGUGGACCUGAUCCUGGACCGUCUAAUCAGCAGGUCCCGCACCCGACGCUCCGUGAUAAAAAAACUCAAGGAACUCGGACUGAUACAAAACAUAAGGGACCUACAACAGAGAGCUCCCAGGAUCAGAGCGCCGAGGACAUGGACUGAGGAGGAGGAGGAGGAGCUUCGGACACUCUUCCAGGAGAAUCGCGAGGCCAUGGACAUCGUAGGAAGGAUCAUGGACGGGUUAACCAUCCGUCGCCCGAAGCAUCGAGUCGUGGAGAAGAUCCUUGAGCUGGGAUUGGUGGCCGACAGGAAGGAACUGCGGAAGAAGCGACCGAAGAAUCCAAGCAAUAGGAAGCAAGGAAAGAAAUCAGGUGAGGACUUCUUGAGAGCGAAUGAGGGAAGCGAUGAUGAGGAAGAUGACAAUGAUGAUCAAAGUAACAGUGAGGAGGAGGAGGAGGAGGAUGACAAGAGUAACAACCGCCAGGGAGCUACAAGACACCAACCUCCACCCCCCUCGGACCCCAUAGCCACACCAGCGCUCAUCUCUCAAGCCCUCGGUGUCGUGCUGGAGUCUGGGCGGAGAGAGGCCGUCGAGUGGCUGGCUGGCAUAUUAAACGAUGUGGCCGACGAUCGCGAGGAAGACGGGGACUUCGAACCAGUGCCGAUCCUAGCCAUCACCCAGAUCUGCACCGAUGCCAUGGACGAUGAUGCCUUCCAAAAACUUCUGCGUCUUCUUGGCAUUCGUCCGCCCAUGUCGCACCAGGAGAUGUUCUGGCGCCUACCCUCGAAUCUGUCAGUCGCGGCUUUACGGAAACGUGCCGAGUAUCUUAAGCAAGGUGUCGAGGGUGGCCUGCUGACCCUAGAGAACCCGGAUGAGCCCCUUGAGCCUGUGGAAGAGGUGGUGGUGAUGGAGGACGCGCCAAUGAAGGUGAAAAAGCCAAAAAAGAAUAAAGAUGUGAAACCGAAACCACCAUCGAAAAAGAAGAGGGAGAGAAAAAGCUCGCCAGACAUCCAUUCACCAUUCACUGUUGACGAUGGUGACGGUGACAACGAUACCCCAUCAUCAUCAGUCUCUAAAACCAAAGCACCAUCAACAGGAAAGAAGAAAAAGGAGAGGAAAGGGAAGAAAGGACAAAGCACACCUGACAUCCCUUCUUCACCUUACGACAACGAGACCCCAUCGACGUCAAGCCAAGCGGUAGGCGUUGAUUCAAGUGAGGACGAGGCACCGUUGUCAUCCCUCGCUGCCCGACCUGACCCUUCGUCGGAGAAAAAGGCAGGCAAGAGGGUGCUGUCGGAAGAGGAAAGUGACGAUGAUGGUAAAAUAAUCAAACGGAAAAAGGAGAAGAAGAAGAAGCGCGUAGUAUUGGAUUCAGACUCAGAGGAGGAGAAGGAAGACAUGGGAGAAGAGGUUACGAAGAUGCCGAGAGAAGAGGAGGAGGAGGAGGAGGAGCUGGUGAUAUCUCAAGCCACCAAGAAGCAAAGAAGAAGAGCAGUGAUAAGUAGUGAUGAUGAGGAUGAGUGAAGGGAAGUGAGAGAAGGAGGAGGAGGAGGAGGAGGAGGGACCAAAAUGAAAGAAAAAUAGCGAUAAUUAAAAGUGAACAUGAGGAGAGAUUAAGGAAGAGGAGGAAGAGUGAAAGAAAGAGGAGGUAGAGAAGGAGGAAGAGGAACUAAAAUCAAAGAAAAGGCUGUUAAAUGAAAGUGAAUAUGAGGAAUUAAGAAAAGAGGAGGAGGAAGAGGAGAAGGAGGGGUGAAAAAAGGGAGGAGGAGGAGAAAAAGGCGAUGAUUGAAAACGACAAGAGAGGUUAACAAAAGGGAAGAGGAGGAGGAGAAGAAAAAAACUGAUAAUCAAAAGCAUCAAGAGAAGUUAAGAAAGGAAAGAGAAAGAGAAGAAAAAGAGCGAUUAUUGAAAGUGAGAAGAGGAGUUAACCCGUCCACUGCGAUUGGCACGGAUUAGGCCUUCACUGGUAGCCUGGUAACAUAUAGUCCCAGGUCCUUCUCUGCCUCUGUGGUGGAUAGUGGAGUGUUUCCCAUGUGGUAUUGGUAUGCUGGAUUUCCCCUCCCAAGUGCAGGACGUCACAUAUUUCUUCAUUGAAUUGUAGCAGCCACUUUUUGUUCCGUUCCUGCAGCUUGGUGAUGUCUUCUUGGAGGAAAUCCACAGUCGAGGGGUUAAGAAAAGGAAGAGAAGGGAACAGAAUAACAGGCACACCAAAAUGAAAAAGUGAUAUAUGAAAGUGUGGAGGAAAAGAGGAAGUAAUAUCUCGGGUCAAAAUAAAGCAGAGAAGAAAGAUAAAUAAUUGACAAUGAGAGUGAGUGAGACAUAAGAAAAGGAAAAAGGAGGAGGAGGAGGAUGUAAUCUUUUGGGCACUAGUUUUGUCUGUUGUGGGAGCGGCGAGUAGCGAGCUUUUUUUCUUUUCUUUUUUUCCACACUUUGUUGCCCUUGAGGCGUCUCCUUUGUUGUAAAAAAAAAAAUUGUUAUAGUAAUGUUUCAGGAAUUUAUUUUAGUAGGAAUGUUUUGUCUGUAGGAGCAGGAAGGUGGCGGGAAACACUGUGGCUGGUAUUACAAGACAUUCGCUUCUCACAUCAGCUAUUUCUAAAGGUCACAGGGGGGAUCAAUCAGGUUCUAAUAAGUGUUUUUUUAGGCUCAGGGUACAGAAGAAGGGUCAAACUACCACCAGGGUCAUAAAACUACUCCUGGAAAUGCCCACAACUCCUAUGAAAGCCUUGUCAAAUAUGUGUUUCUGGGUUCAUGGUACAGAAGAAGGGUCAAACUACCACCAGGGUCAUAAAACUACUCCUGGAAAUGCCCACAACUCCUAUGAAAGCCUUGUCAAAUAUGUGUUUCUGGGUUCAUGGUACAGAAGAAGGGUCAAACUACCACCAGGGUCAUAAAACUACUCCUGGAAAUGCCCACAACUCCUAUGAAAGCCUUGUCAAAUAUGUGUUUCUGGGUUCAUGGUACAGAAGAAGGGUCAAACUACCACCAGAGUCAUAAAACUACUCCUGGAAAUGCCCACAACUCCUAUGAAAGCCUUGUCAGCUAUGUGUUCUUAGGCGGCAAUGUCUUUUAAUACGACCCGUGGUUCAUGUUAAACAGUCAAGUCAACCUACAUGAUGAACCUCUUGAAUGGAAACUGAAUUGAUCACGCCAUGUAAGCCUGCCAAGUAAUACAUAUUUAGUGACAAGACAUCUUUUCGUAUUAUUUGAUUAACCCACGUUUCUUAAUUAACCCGGUAGCAGCGAUGGGCCAAAUUUGUGGCUUUACCGUGUAGCAGCGAUGGGCCAAAUUUGUGCCAUGAUAUAAACCCCCAGAAAUAGAUGAUACAUAAACUGAUCACAAAUGUGUUGAUAUAUAUUAUGAAAUGGUUUGAGAGAGUGAUGAUUUUUUCUCAUUUUUCUCGCUUAGAGGGACCAUUUAGAAACAUGAUCCCCGCUGCUACCAGGUUAAAGGUCCCUCAAAGCGAGAAAAGUGAGAAAAAAUCAUCACUCGCACAAACCAUUUCAUAAUAUAUAUCAACACAUUUGUAAUCAGUUUAUGCAUCAUCUUUUUGGGGGGAUUUAUUUCAUGGCAAAAAUUUAGCCCGUUGCUGGUACACGGUAAAGCCACAAAUUUGGCCCGUCGUUGCUACUGGGUUAAAGAAUAUAUUAUGGUGUUUUUUUAACUGAAUGGAAUCUUAAUCUGGUUUUCAUCUGCUGUGGAAACCUUAUUUGUAUUUUUAUAAUGUGCGGUGCGAGGAAAGUUUCACACACAUUCUGCCAGUCUUGUUCGUAACUUUUAUUUUUGACACUUAUUAGAAACUUGCAGAGGGAUGGAAUCGUGUUCUAGCUUCCAAAUCCUGUGAAAACAUUUUGUAUUUUUAUAAUGUGUUGUGCAAGGAGAGUUUCACAAAUAUAUUCUACCAGUCUGUA